AUGAUGAUCAAAGUGAAAACCUUAACCGGCAAAGAGGUGGAACUCGACGUCGAAGUCUCCGAUACCAUCGUUCGAAUCAAAGAGCGCAUGGAAGAGAAGGAAGGCAUUCCUCCGAUACAACAGAGGUUGAUUUUCGGCGGGAAGCAAAUGCACGACGAGAAAACGGCGAAGGAUUACAACAUCGAAGGUGGAAGCGUGAUUCACAUGGUUUUGGCGCUCAGAGGUGGAGGAUGUGUUUAG